CACUGUGACGCGGUGUCAGUUGACCGCGGGACGCCACGCGUGUCCGUCGCUCGCGACCGUGAGUUCAGUGUACGACUAUCUGUAAGUUACUGUCGUUGUCUGUAUUCUGUGACAAAAAAUCAUGUUAUAGUGUUUGUGAGUGAAAUCAAAAUGAAGUCCAGGUGUCGUGCGUUCGCCGCGACGGUCGGCGCGCUACUGGCCAUAAUUGCGUGCGCAGUGUCCGAAGUUACCUCGGUGGAGGGGGAAUCGCAUAGGUAUACGAUAGACGAGCUUAUGACGAUGCACGUGGAGCAUAAGGACUCGGGGGAUCUUGGGAUGGAUCCUUGUAAAGCUGGUAACUUCCAAGGCGACAUUGCUUUACAAGACACAGACUUCAAACCCAUGAAGUCUGUCUCCAAAAUCAACAAGUCUCUACAAGAAGAAGUAGAGAGGCUAAAGAAGGAAGUAUUGCUAGAAGGGUUACAGGUGGAAGAGGAAGGGUUACCAGACAUUUUGAGGAAGAGGACGAAGCAACCGGCACCAGCGCCGGAGAAGCCAAAGAAGUACAAUGAUGCGAUGCUGAUGACUAAGGUUUUACCGUCGGGCCUAGACAAAUCAAUAUUAUUAAAAAAUGGUAAACUGCCACCAGGAGAAAUGCUAGACAAUAUAACAAGUAAAAUCAACCAAACCAAAGAAGAAUUAGUUACUAACCAAACAAGUCCUAUUGAGAAUCUGACUGAAACAGAAAGUUUAGAACAGGACGGUGUUUUAGUCGUUAAUAUUUCAACAGAUAAUAUUUUAAAUUUAGAUGAACUAUAUCCCAAUAUGCAUUUAACAAGCACUGCCAACAAAGUAGAUGAAGUGACAAAUAAAAUUCAGAGCAACAGUCGUGAGAUAACAGGAGACUCUAAUAAUAAUAUAAAAGUGAAAUCUCCACCUGAAAAUGUGACGAUGGCUCCUGCUCCAACUAAUGGGGUUCUAGUUACGAACGAUAGAGAGGAAGAUAUUGAAAGUCUGGAAAAAGGAAUUAUCAACAAAACCGGUGGUGAACUAGAUGGGAAAUUUCUAGAAGCCAACGAUCUAUUGAAGCCGACUGAAAGUUUACAGAGUUUGACAGAAGAGACAGCCAGACAUCGAAGAAGGCGAAGAAGACACGGUAAUGGGAGACGGUUAAGAAAUAUCCACUCAGGUGAAAGAUCAGGAAAAAAUUCCUUCAAAUCGGAUGAACAAAGAGAAAGUCAUUCGGAGCAUAAAAAAAACUUCCGUCACCGAAAAAAGCACACAAGUAGAGAACACAGCGGAGAAAAUAGGAAACUCGUUGUACCAGAACAUGAGUUUGAAGAAAAAUUUGAUGUAAAACCACCCCCAAAAAAUAUUUUAGAAAGUGGAAGUGGACAGAAACAACAAUUCAACAAUUGGUUUUUUCGUGACACCAAAGAAGACUUAGAUGCUAUGGAAAGCUACCAAAGCAGUAACGGGACUGCUCGACACCGCUCUAUUCGCGCCGCCACCAACCGCAAGGAACGUAUCUGGGAAAACGGCGUCAUCCCCUACGAGAUCGACGGGAACUUCAGCGGAGCACACAAGUCCCUAUUCAAGCAAGCCAUGAGGCAUUGGGAGAACUUCACUUGUGUUAAGUUUGUGGAGCGAGAUGUGCUGCUCCAUAAGGAUUAUAUUGUGUUCACUGAAAGACCGUGCGGAUGCUGCUCUUUCGUCGGCAAGCGCGGCGGGGGCGCCCAGGCCAUCUCAAUCGGAAAGAACUGUGACAAGUUCGGUAUCGUCGUCCAUGAGCUUGGACACGUGGUCGGAUUCUGGCACGAGCACACGCGCCCCGACCGCGAUCGCCACGUCCAGAUCAUCAGGGACAACAUCAUGAUGGGGCAAGAAUACAACUUCAACAAGCUAACAGAAGAAGAAGUGAACUCCCUCGGGCAGACGUACGACUAUGAUUCCAUCAUGCACUACGCCAGGAACACUUUCAGCAAAGGCACAUAUCUGGACACGAUUCUACCGUUGGAAGUUCAUGGGAAGAAGAGGCCGGAAAUUGGGCAGCGAGUCAGAUUAUCCGUGUCUGAUAUAGCUCAGACGAAUUUGCUGUACAAAUGUGCUAAAUGUGGACGCACGCUCCUCGGCAACUCCGGUUGGUUCAGUUCGCCCGGCUGGGGUUCGGAGACCGUACCGACCGCACCAGAACGCUGCGAGUGGCGGAUAGUGGCUACACAUGGUGAACGAGUAGUACUGAACAUCACUGAAAUCGAUAUCCACAAAUCCGAAGAGUGCCGCUCCGAAUGGGUGGAGAUCCGAGAUGGCUACAUGCCGAACGCGCCAGUCUUGGGCCGCAUAUGUGGCUCGGGCAAGGGUCCUAUGAUGAGGUCUACUGGGUCCAGGCUGACCGUGGUCUACCAGCCGGGGCUUAGGCCUAAACCGUUCAAAGGAUUUAAGGCGCAUUAUGAAGCUGUGUGUGGUGGAGACAUCGAAGUGGACAGCAGCGGACAUCUUGAGUCUCCGAACUACCCUGACGAUUAUCAGCCCAAUAAACUGUGCAUCUGGAAGCUGUCUGUUCCAGAGGAUUACCAAGUGGCUCUCCGUUUCCACUCCUUCGAAGUGGAGAACCACGACACCUGUUCCUACGACAAAGUGAAAGUUCGCGAUGGGCAUUCUAUGGACAGCCCUCUUAUUGGAGUCUUCUGUGGACAUAAGAUUCCUCCUGACAUCAGAUCAACAUCCAACAAACUCCUAGUGAUCUUCGAGUCAGACAGCUCAGUCCAAAAGGCCGGGUUCUCAGCCACCUUCAUGAAAGAGUUCGACGAGUGUUCCAUCAUAGACCACGGCUGUAGCCACUCCUGUGUCAACACACUGGGAGGUUACGAAUGCGCAUGUGAUAUUGGCUACGAGCUGCAUUCUGAUGGGAAGAAAUGUGAAAACGCUUGUGGUGGAGUCUUGGAUGCCCCCAACGGCACCAUAACCUCCCCGUCUUUCCCCGACCUGUACCCGCCAUCCAAGAACUGCUUGUGGGAGAUCGUGGCUCCUUUGAACCAUAGGAUCACUUUAAACUUCACGCAUUUUGACCUGGAGGGGAACAACAUGUAUCAGCAGGAAUGUGAAUAUGACAGUGUGACCGUGCACUCUCGCCUGAGUGCUGAGAAGUUACGGCGGCAUGGUGCUUUCUGUGGCUCCCAACUGCCUCCUCCUGUUACAUCUGAUGGAAAUGUGCUAAGAGUUCAGUUCACCUCCGACGCGUCAGUCCACCGCUUCGGCUUCGCAGCAGCCUACUACAUCGACGUUGACGAAUGCGCAGAAAACAACGGCGGCUGCCAACACGAGUGCCACAAUACCUUGGGUGGCUACGAAUGUGCUUGUCGCAGUGGCUUCACGCUGCAUCCCAACAAGCAGGAUUGCAAGGAGGGCGGGUGUAAGCAUGAUGUGACGCAGCCGCAUGGGACUAUUGUCAGUCCAAACUAUCCUGAUCUGUAUCCUUCGAGGAAAGACUGUGUGUGGCAGUUCUCAACCACUCCUGGGCACCGAGUUAAGCUGAUUUUCAACGUUUUUGAGCUGGAACCACAUCAGGAAUGCGCAUACGACCACGUGACCAUCUACGACGGUGCCUCAGCCGAUGAGAAGACCCUCGGCCGCUUCUGCGGCGGCAAGCUGCCGCAUCCUGUGGUGGCGUCUCAGAACCAGAUGUACGUCGUAUUCAAAUCGGACGUGUCUGUGCAAAGGAAAGGGUUCUUGGCUACGCAUUCCACUGCAUGUGGUGGCUACCUCUCCGCCACGGAAUCCGUGAAGCACCUGUACUCCCACGCUCGCUACGGGGACGACUCAUACGAAUCCCGAGCAGACUGUGACUGGAACAUCGUUGCCCCUCUCGGACACUUCGUCAAGCUGACCUUCCUGACAUUUGAGCUGGAGCCAGAAUCGCACUGCGGAUACGAUUAUGUUCAGAUCUUUGGGGGGUAUGAGGGCAGUGCUGGGGACUAUGGGAAGUUCUGUGGGACUGUGAUGCCACAAGAGCUGAUCUCCACAACAGAGGCCCUUCUCGUCCGCUUCCGCACAGACGACUCCAUCGUGUUCAAAGGCUUCUCCGCCUCUUAUCAGGCGAUAAAGCCUGACGUCUGGAGUGGGGAGGACAGUUCGGAGGGCGGGGAGGAUGAGGAGGAGGAUGAACGGAUGCCGCCGCUGGUGGUUGGCAGGAGGGGACUGCGUGCACCUACUCCAAGGUUCGUCAGAAGACCCACGUGACGGUGGCCACUGCCGCGCCACCCGCGCCACCGCCGCCCGCACCGCACCUACCCCCGCAACGAGAAGCUCUAAACACGCCCAUACAAGCAAACAGUUUGAUUUAUUAUCUGUGCUCUACAGCGUCCAUACUGGAUUUAGACCGGCAACAGACAGUAUCUGAAAAAUUCAUAAUCUGUUUUUUUUUUCAGAUUAUGAAUUUUGUUGAUGUCUGUUGCUGCCCUUAUUUGGGGCUUACGUAUAUUCAGGGCCGGAUCUAGGGUAAAGCGAGUGGAGCAGCCGCUCCAGGCGCCAAAUUCUAGGGUGGCGCCAAAAAGGAAAUAAAAAAAAAGUUUUUGGUGUAAAUAAUUUUAAACAGAAGCGCCAAAAUCACAUCUCGACUGAAUGCUUGGCCCGGCACUGCAUAUCUUUAAUGUGGGUGAGCUCCUUGUAGGGCCUCCUGACACAAGACAUUUUGGUGUAAUUAUAGCAAUGUAUCUGCCUAACUCUUGGUCUCAACCUAAACUGGAAGGCUUUAGUACAUCAGUAACCUUACUCUGGCCUAAGGCCAGAUGUACGAACUACAAUUUCAACGGAAUAAUCCACUUUAUUCAAAAUCCUGUCUGACAAAAUCAAAAAUGAAAGACACACUCAUUCUCAUUAUGCCAACAUGUUUUCAAGUCAGUCGAAACUCAUUUUACAGCCAUGCAAAAAGUAGUAGAAAUGGAACUACUUUUUUUAUUAAUAGCAACACUUACUGUUCUCAUACAAUUAUUGCCACAUGCAAAACGGUUUACAUAGACAGUUGCGCCAACACGUUGCGGUCGAUUUAAGGCCGGCAACAGACAGUCUUAAAAAUUCAUAAUCUUAAAAAAACAUUGUAUGCAAACUGACAGUUCAAACUGACACUGACAGAUCUGUCAGUGUCAGUUUGCAUACAAAUCUUUUCUAAGAUUAUGAAUUUUUAAUACUGUCUGUUGCCGGCCUAAUGAUUUGCGACUGAAGAAAAUGUAAAUAGAAGUAAUAAGUAAUUGCAAUUUUAUUCAUAGUUUAAUUGAAAUACAAUACUGAUGAAAUACAAUGAUAAUCCAUCUCAAUAAUGACAAUUACUGUCCUGAAUGUUCUGAUAUGCACUUUUUAAUUCGUAAUCAAUAUGGAAACAUAAUUAUUAAUGUUUAAGUAUAUCACCGAAAACCCCAGAUACAUUAUCUUACACAGUUGUUUUUAAUGCUAAUUUAUGACAUUUCUGCCAUUUACUUUUAACGUAAUGACGAAUACUAAUUGCCAAUAAAGUGCGAUAGUCUGUACCAAAAAUACCUAUAGGUAAUAUAUACUCUGUCAACCAAGUCUGUCAGUAAAUAAGAACAAAGAAAACUAUAUGCAUCCUUUUCUUUAGGGUGCUAGAGAAAAGGAUACCUAUAGUUUUCUUAGUUCUUAUUUACUGACAUACUUGUUUGACAGAAUAUAUGUAAGUACAUUCCAUACCAAAGACAUAGGUAGAACAAACGUUCAUAAUAGUGCCAUAGUUAUUAGUUCUUAAAUUACUCUAAAUAGAACCUAUAGUUUAGCAAAAAAGAGUGGAAAGUAAAAAGUGGCAAUAUCGUCGUGCCAUCCCUUUCUAUCAAUAUGCGUGAGGGAGACGAGACGACACGACGAUGUUGCCAUGUUUAAAUUUCUACUCUUUUUUGCUAGACUGUAAAAUCGUUUCAUAACAAGCACAAUUUAGUAAUAAAUAAUAACAGACAAUAUUUAAUGAUAAGUUAUACUUAUAAUGUACAAUAUAUCGUUACAUGUUAGAUGUUUGAAGCCAUAUCAUUUAGUCGUUAUGACCUAAUUAAUGUUCUUUUAGGGUGCUCGCCCACGGGCGAUAAAGUUGCUCAGCGACUUACGUAUUUGUAUGAAAAGUUGCGUCGCUUCGUGAGCGCACUUUCAUACUAGCCCAUGGUUGCGACAAAAAAGUCGCUUCGAAAAGUCGCCCGUGGGCGCACCCUCUUAUAGAAGUACAAUUUAUUCUCGUGUGAUCGAAAGGUCAACUAGUGACUAUUUCGCUUAAAAAUGAAUUAUUUUUGUAAUCUACCAAAAAAACGUAAGAACUCUGUAGAAAGUAGGUAUAAGAUAUUGAUGACUCUUUAGUAAUAUCGUAGGUGUCUAUAACAUUUUUUUGUUAUAGUAGCAGAGGAUAAAGUAAAAUGUAAAAAUGAUAAUUGUUAAACAUGUUACCAAUAAUAGAUGAUAAGUAUCUAUAUACUUACCCAUUAUUUUUGUCUUACAAUUAUGUCUUUCCCUUCUUCUGAGUCUUCUGACCUAUAUACCUAUAUAGUUGUUUAAGGCCUAGUUGAUUUUGCCUGUCUAUGUAUAUAAAACUUAUAUAACUUCUAUGAAACUCAAUCAUAAUUAAGAGACAUUUACUUACGUUUUUAAGUCCUGAAUUGCUCGCCAUAUAAAACAUAAGUGACCCUUUUUAAUACAUUUAACGUUUAACCAUAGCUGGGCAUUAACUCGUUAAUCCGUUAAUCGUUAAUUAACGAAGUUAACAUUUCGAUGAACGGAUUAACUUUUAAGUUAACUUUAAAAAAU